AUGAUGGAAAGAAUAAGAAAAGAAAUGAUCCUGAUGGAACGAGGGCUGCACAGCCCCGCUACUGGCAAAAGGCUCGCGAAUUUGUCCGAUUCGGCUGGGAACGCGGUGCUGGAGGCCCUCGAAAAUUCGCCCCACAGCGGCCGCCUCAGCCCGAGACUAACCUCAGCCUCUCUGCACACCUCGAUAGGGGACAUCCCUGCCAAAGGCAAAUUCGAAAUAGACACCUUAUUCAACCUCCAGCACCAGAGCGGCGAGAGCGGCGUCGCCUCGGAGGUGCCUCCCUCGGAAAGCAGGAAGAAAAUUAGCCAUUACUCAGAAGUUGCUCCAGAGGCAGAUAUGAACAGUGAUGUGGAGGUGGGCUGCUCCGCGCUCCGCUCGCCGGCCAACCUCACUUCCUCCCAGCUGAAGGAAAACAAUAACAAAGGGUAUUCGGAAAGCAGCUCAACUCCCAGCACCACCACCUCCUCCUCCUCCUCGGGCUCCAGCUUAAGUAGCCUGCACGGCGGCAGCGCCUUGGGAAACUCGAGCUCCGGAGCCGAUCAGGUGAGGAGGUACCGCACCGCCUUCACUCGGGAGCAGAUCGCCCGGCUGGAGAAGGAGUUCUACAGGGAGAACUAUGUCUCUCGGCCCAGGAGGUGCGAGCUGGCCGCGGCGCUCAACCUGCCCGAGACCACCAUCAAGGUGUGGUUCCAGAACCGACGCAUGAAGGACAAGCGGCAGAGGCUGGCCAUGUCUUGGCCGCACCCGGCGGACCCCAGCUUCUACACAUACAUGAUGACCCACGCGGCAGCCACAGGGAGCCUGCCUUACCCCUUCCAUUCCCACGUGCCUCUACACUACUACCCGCACGUCGGGGUGACGGCAGCCGCAGCGACUGCGGCAGCUUCUGCAGCGGCCGCCUCGCCUUUUGCCACCUCCAUCCGCCCGCUGGACACCUUCCGCGCCCUCUCGCACCCUUAUUCCCGCCCGGAGCUGCUGUGCAGCUUCCGACACCCUGGCCUCUACCAGUCGCCCGCGGCCGCGGCCGCAGCCGGCCUCAACAGCAGCGCCGCGGCAUCGGCUGCAGCAGCGGCUGCCGCGGCUGCGGCCGCCGCGGCUUCUUCGGCCCCGCCUACCGGCUCCGCCCCCUGUUCCUGCCUCAGCUGUCACAGCAGCCAAUCGGCGGCGGCGGCGGCGGCGGCAGCCCUAGGCUCGCGCGCCUCCGGCUCGGAUUUCACCUGCACGGCGGCCGGAGCAGCAGCUGCGGCGGCCUCUCAGCGCUCCGAGAGCGGAUUCCUGCCUUACUCGGCGGCCGUCCUCAGCAAGACGGCCGUUCCGUCCCCAGACCAGCGGGAGGAGGCCACCUUGACCAGAUAA